CAACCUCAACACGUGCGAGCGAACUAAAGUCUGACGCGCACAGCUGACAGCACGUGCGUGCGUGCGACGGAAUUCUCGGAGCACGCCGUGCGAGCGACGAGGCAUGCUCGAGAGGGAAGAAUAUAUUUCACGUGUAUACAUCUUCUUUUUUAGUUUGUGACAUUUUGCGAUUUCACGAGAUGAGUAAAAGGAAACUCAACGACGCGACCGAGGAGUCCGCCGCUCCGACGGACGGCGGUGAGGUUAAGAGGGUGCUGUCACGUUUCAAAUCGGACACCGGCGAGGUCCUGCCCGGCGGCCUGCUGGACCUGCCGGUCGACGUCACGGUGGACAAGCUGCAAGCGAUCUGCAAUGCCCUGCUGCAGCAAGAGGAGCCGUUGCCUCUGGCGUUCUACGUGAACAACGUGGAGGUCACGGAUGUACUGGAGAAGUACGUCGGCAAGGAUUUCAGCAUCAGCGAGGACGUCGUGGAGAUUGUGUAUCAGCCGCAGGCGGUAUUUAAAGUCAGAGCCGUCACGAGGUGCACCGGAUCUUUAGAAGGUCACAAGGAGGCUGUUAUAUCCGUCGCGUUCUCGCCGGACGGCAAACAUCUGGCCAGCGGUUCCGGCGACACGACGGUCAGACUGUGGGACAUCUAUACGCAAACGCCGCAUUACACAUGCGAGGGUCACAGACACUGGGUCUUGUGCAUCUCCUGGUCACCCUGUGGCACCAGGCUGGCCUCUGCGUGUAAAAACGGACUGAUUUACCUAUGGGAUCCCAACACCGGCAAACAGAUGGGAAGAGCCAUGGCAGGACACAAAAUGUGGGUGACGUCUCUGUGCUGGGAACCCUAUCACAAGAAUCCAGAGUGCCAGUAUUUAGCGAGCUCGUCCAAGGACUGCGACAUACGAAUUUGGGAUACAAAGCGAACGCAGACCUGUCGGGUUUUGUCUGGCCACACGAAAAGCGUGACUUGCAUCAAGUGGGGUGGCAACGGUCUGAUUUAUUCCGCCUCUCAGGACAGGACCAUCAAAGUGUGGAGAGCAGAGGAUGGUGUACUGUGUAGAACCUUAGAAGGCCACGCUCACUGGGUAAACACCUUGGCCUUGAAUGUCGAUUAUGCGCUUAGGACCGGCCCCUUUCAAUUGGGAUCGACUGAAGGCAAAACGGACACUCCGUUAGAAUACGCAAGACGACAGUACGAAGCCGUAGGUGAGGAGAGGCUUGUGUCUGGAUCUGACGAUUUCACGUUGUUCCUGUGGAAACCGGAAAAAGAGAAGAAACCUAUCGCAAGAAUGACGGGCCACAUGCAGCUUAUCAACGACGUUAAAUUCUCGCCGGAUGGUCGCGUGAUUGCGUCUGCGUCCUUCGACAAGUCCAUUAAACUGUGGGAAUCUAAUACCGGCACGUACAUCGCUUCGCUGAGAGGUCACGUUCAAGCGAUUUAUUCGAUAGCAUGGAGUGCUGACUCUCGUUUACUGGUCAGCGGCAGCGCGGAUUCAACUUUAAAGGUUUGGAGCGUGAAAACUAAAAAGUUAAGCCAAGAUUUGCCUGGCCACGCUGAUGAAGUUUAUGCGGUCGACUGGUCACCCGAUGGUCUACGAGUCGCUUCAGGCGGGAAAGAUAAAGUUUUACGACUAUGGCAGAAUUGAAUAUAUGUAAUCGAAGUAAAUAAAUUUAUUAAAAAAA